CUGUGAGAACAUCAGAGCAGAGGAACAGAGGGAGCCUCACUGAGAGAGACAACAUGAAAUCAGUAUUCAAGGCUGUAUUGCUGCUGGUUCUGCUCACUCCUCUUCACUGCAGAAAACUCCAAAAGGUCCAGACCAGAGGGAUGAGAAGAGCAAAAGGUCGGACCGUGAAGCUGAUCCUGGACCCCUCCCUCUCCACACAUGUGUCCUCAAACCUCCCCCUGUCCCUCAGCAACUCAGCCAACAUGUCUUUGUCUCCAUGGAUCUACAGAAAGCGUUGUGAUCCAUCGCGUGUGCCUCAGUGUCUGUACCACGCUGAAUGCCUGACCAUGGGCUGUAUAAAUCCUGAAAUCGGAGUAGAGGAUCUGAAUCUGGAGGCCAAACCCAUCAAAUAUCAGCUCUUGGUCCUGCACAGAGUCGUGCGCAAACAGAAAAAGAACUUCCACAGAGACAAGAAGCGCUACGACUUCAAGCUGGGCACGGAGGAGGUGUCUGUGGGCUGCACGUGCGUCAGGCCCAACGUGCUCACGCUCAACUGAUGACGCUCACGCAAGGCUCAGGGACAAGACAACGGCGCCCCCAUGUGGACACAGCCUUUAAUGCUUUUGCACUUUUACAGGUUUUAGACUAUUUAUAAAAGCAUAAUAUUUUACAAGUAAUAUAACUUUAUGUUCUGUUUGGAUGCCGAAUACUGAGACUUUUUAUUUAUCAUUUAAGUUUAUAAUGGAAUAGCCUGUAUAAUGGAGAACCUGUAGCUUGGGAGCUACUUGUAGCUCUCCACCCCUUUUCAAGUAGCUCGCCAAGGGAUUUCAGAAUUACACGUAUUGUCCUGAAUAACUCAGAUUUGAUGAAUGAAAUGCCUAUUAUUACUUUUCAUUUUGAUGACUGAUUUUGUGUAUUCAUAAAUUAAUAAUGGUUUAUGUUUUAUCAAACUGUACCUCAUCUACCGGUAAGUCUUGAUAUGGCUCUUAUGUAUACUUUAUUGCCGCUAAAAUUAGUAGCUCAAAGGAAUUUUCGUUUUGUAAAGGUAGCUCACCCGAAGAAAAAGGUUGGAGACCCCUGUUCUACAAUGACCUUUCUUACUAUGACUUGUUAUUGUAUUUCGUUUGAGCAAAACUUUAGCAACUUUUUCAUACUGUAACAAUGUGUUAAGCACAAAGAAGUGAAAUCGUGCCCUUCUACAGUUUUUGCUUUAAAGGGCCAAUAUUAAAUGCCAGGUACAUUAAUGAGUAAAAUCUUAUAUACAUUUUUAAGAUACAUUUUGAGAACAAAUGUUAACUGACUGCAUGUUUUACACCCUUAAAUGUAUAUUACGCAAAAUUGACUCUUGUGAGCUUUAAGCCAUUUUAGAAUGCUUUCCCUCCUCAAAAACAUACCUGGAGUUGUGUUUUGUUUCAUUCACACAAGUUUCAGUAACCCUUUAUUAUUAGCCUGAAUGCAUUUUCAAAACUCAAAAUGCUCUGUUCCACCUUCUGAUAUAAUGCAGUUAGCAGCUAACUUUUACCUUUUUAUUCAGUAGAAAUAGGAAAUUCCAGGGCUGGGAUUAUCUGAAGUUAUCAUAGUGAUGGUUUUUUGAGUUUAAAAACAGAGUGGAGCACUUCCUGUAUGAUAUCACAAGGUGGAACGAGUGUUUUCUGCAUGAGAGAAGAACUCAACCUAUAUGCAGGGUUUGUGUGAAUGAAACAGAACAGAAAUUCAGGUGUGUUUCUGAAGAUGAAACAACAUUAACAUAGCAUUAUAGAAUAUAAUAGGAAAUAGCCUAACUUUGUCAUUUAGGAUACUGGGAGACUUUAAUGUUGUAAGCUGUAUUGUAGAUGUCAUAGCUGAUUUUCUAAAAUGCUUCUCAAAUACUGCUGUCACAUUGAAGCUUGUUAUGACUUGUGCUUAAAUAAUAAACAGAGAAUAGUGA